AUGACCAUGGUUUCCCAUGGAGCUGAAAGGCAGGCAAGUGCCUUUAAAAAGUCUGCCUUGUCAGUUGAACCAGUUCACAAGAUGGAUCCCCAACAGUAUCGAAGUCUGUUAAAGAAGAUGUGCAUGCCUGUUGUGAGAGGUCCUGAGUACAGACAUGGCUUUGCCAGCUUUGAAGAGAAAAACAGUAAUUCUUUCCUUAAAUUCAAUCCAUUCACCCCUCCAGAAGGGUCAAAUUACCCUUUAUUUCCACACCAGGAUGAUGUGCCUUUAGUGGAUCCCUGCUCAGGUUUUGUGAGUCCAGGAGCAGAUGCUGUCCUGCAGCCCAAUAUUGGAAGAGCUAUUGAAUCCCUGGUAGACUACAGUGGUAAACCUCACCAGCGCGUCCCCAUCACAGGAAAGAGAGGCCAGACUGCUCACAGGAGUCAGAUGAUCCUCCUGGAGGAAACCAACCAGAACAGAAGAUGGACCUCCAGGACUGUGUCAGCUGCUUCUGUCAGGGCACGACUCAGAGACUGGAUAACCUCAGUGAAAGUUGCUCCUGCUCUACCUGACCAAAACCAUAUUUUUGCAUAUUGUAUGGAUCCCAGUCUGAAGGAAUCAAGUGAUCCUUCUGCAAGGUGGAGAGAAGAAAAAUCAAGGGACUAUUUCUACAAAUCAAAUACUCAAAAAGCUUAUGAAGAAGUAGUUCCUUGGGAUAAUAUAUUACCUUCCAAAAUCCAGCCUCCAGAAUCAACAGUGGAAGUGUCGGCUGAUCCUGUUUCCCAGUGUUUAACAAAAAGGAGAUACAAUCCUGAACCUGAAAUAAGCCAAGUUGUUGGAGGCUUCUGGGGCAGAUUUCAGACAAGAUCUUUUACCUCUCCACAGAGACCUGUUAACAGUGUAAGCCGAAGCUCUCGAACCUGUCAUACCCCUUUGUAUACUGGCUGUGUUGGUGCAGUAAAUUUUGAAGACAUUGACAAUGCCGAUGUAGACUUAAUCCAACUUAACCAUGUGCGAACUUCAAAGCCUCGCUACACAAGCACUGCACC